AGAGAGAGAGAGAGAGAGAGAGAGAGGGGUGUUUAUGCUGAUAUAAGUGCAUGUAUAAAACUGACGACCCACUAGAAAGGAGGGCCAUUAUUUUAUGGAUUUUAUGUUUUUUCCCCUUCUCUCUUUCUUCUGUGAAAAGGCCUGAACUUUGUGUAAGCACAAAACUCGGGAGACCAAACUGGGUGUUGUUUGUUUCACUCGCACUUACAGUCUUUUUAAAGCAGCUAAAACUCACACACAUAAAGGAUCUCAUCAUCACUCUUUCGUUCUCUAGAGGGAGAGAGAGCUUAGAGAGAGAGAGAGAGAGAGAAGAAAAGGGGUUUUGCAUCAGGCCAUACGCUAUUGAACAAGUCACCACAGUGGUAAUGGUGAUGGGCUAUGCCCAAUGAUGAUGAUGAUGAUGCCCAUCAACACCAUCACCUCAUCAUCCCAUCCCCAUCCCCAUCAUCAACAUCAUCAUCACCAUCACCAUCAUCAAAACCUAAACACAAGCACCCACCAGUACUUUCUUGACCAAACAGCUCGUAAUAGCAGCAGCGGUUCUUCUCCGAUUCUUGACGACCGCAACAACAACAAUAGCAACAACAACGCAGGUGGUUCAGGCUCAGGCUCAGGCUCAGGUUGUUUCUUCAUGGACAACGAUGUCAAGGCCAAGAUCAUGGCUCAUCCUCACUACCACCGCCUUCUCUCAGCUUAUGUCAAUUGUCAGAAGGUGGGAGCUCCUCCUGGGGUGGUGGCAAAGCUAGAGGAAGCGUGUGCGUCGGCUGCGAUAAUGGCCGGGAACACCGGCAUGAGCAACACAGGUUGCAUUGGUGAAGACCCAGCUCUUGACCAGUUCAUGGAGGCCUACUGUGAGAUGCUGACCAAGUAUGAGCAAGAACUCUCCAAACCCUUCAAAGAGGCCAUGCUCUUCCUCCAGAGGAUCGAGUGCCAAUUCAAAGCCCUCACUCUUGGCGUUCCUUCUGAUUCUGUGGCAUUGAGUGAGACUUUUGAUAGGAAUGGGUCAUCCGAAGAAGAUGAUGUGAACAACUUCAUUGACCCCCAAGCAGAGGACAGAGAGCUCAAGACUCAGCUCUUGCGGAAGUACAGCGGAUAUCUCGGUAGCCUCAAGCAGGAGUUCAUGAAAAAGAGGAAGAAGGGGAAGCUCCCAAAAGAGGCCCGGCAACAAUUGCUUGAUUGGUGGAGUCGACACUACAAAUGGCCUUACCCAUCGGAAUCACAGAAACUGGCUCUAGCGGAAUCAACCGGGCUAGAUCAGAAGCAAAUCAACAACUGGUUCAUCAACCAAAGAAAGAGGCACUGGAAGCCAUCGGAAGACAUGCAAUUCGUGGUGAUGGAUGCCACUCACCCUCAUUACUACAUGGACAACGUACUUGGCAAUCCCUUUCCCAUGGACAUCUCUCCGACCUUGCUUUGAAGUCGAUGGUUGAUAUUGCUAAUAUUAUUCGACCCUAAUGUCAUUAUGAGCUCUAAAUGUGCUCUUUCUGAGUGUUGCAGACCACCUAAUCAUUUGAUGGCAAGUUGUGAAGCUUAUAAGUAUACUAUGUAGCGUGUCGGUUUGUGGCACAUGGAAACACUCGAUAACAUUCGAUAAGAUUAUGACCUGUUAGCUA